AUGUCAAUUGUGCAACGGGUAUGCAAAGCUCUGGAGCGCAUUGCGCCUCUCCGUCUUGCGGAGAAAUGGGACAAUGUUGGCCUACUGCUCGAGGCCCCGCAACAACGCGCCAACGCCAACCGUGUUCUGCUCACGAUCGACCUAACUCCAGCCGUACUGGUUGAAGCUUUGAGCACUCCGACAGCAUUCAUCGUCGCCUACCACCCGACUAUAUUCAAACCCUUCUCCUCGUUGACCCUCUCUAAUCCUCUUCAAGCGUCUUUACUACGAUGCGCUGCCGCAGGCAUAUCAGUCUACGUUCCGCACACUGCGCUAGAUUCGGUCACUGGCGGUAUUAACGACUGGCUCUGCCUAGGCCUCAAUAACCAAAUAGCUCCCCCGCAGGACAACAUUCGGUUCAUUGGCGAAGCGGACAAGGACGGUAUGGGUGGAUUGGGUAGGGUCAUAACGUUCCCAGAGCCCAUCAGCAUGUCCGAGCUGCAGAGAAGAAUUAAGGCUCAUCUAAAUGUGCAACACAUCCAAGUCGCAUAUACACCUCUUCGAGACCCGAAUGUCGUACGGUCAGUUGCUGUGUGCGCUGGCUCAGGUGGAUCUGUGCUUCUUGGCGUCGAUGCAGACCUGUAUUUUACUGGUGAGAUGGUGCACCACGAAGUUCUAGAAGCGGUUGCUAGUGGCCACAAUGUAGCCCUUUGCGGACACACGAACACCGAACGUGGUUAUCUCAGGGUCCUCGCGCAGAAGCUAUUACCUGAGCUAUCUGCAGACGCUAGUCCGAGCGAAAGAAGCUUGGAGGUACAUGUGAGCAAAGCAGAUGAACAUCCCUUACGUAUCGUGUAA